AUGGUUGUUUUUAUAGAGAGGUACAAGGGAGACACAACCCAAGCAUUCCUUUUCCGCGACUCGGGCACGAUCACGGUGGCCUUCCGAGGCACGGAGCCAUUCAACGCCAAGGACUGGAUGACCGACUGCGACAUAUCAUGGUGCAAGCUGCCCAACAUCAAAGGCCGAGUGCACUGCGGCUUCGUCAAAGCCCUCGGCCUCCUCACGACCGAUCAUCAUCGACGUGGUGCACACGCCACCAUCACGCAAUUGCUGCGCUCUCACCACGUGACGAGGCUGGUCGUGACGGGCCACAGCUUGGGCGGGGCGCUCGCGGUCCUCUUUGCCACCGGCCUCGUGAUGCACGGCGAGGAUGAGCUGGUGGAGAGGUUGGAAGGAGUGCACACGUUUGGGCAGCCGAGAGUUGGAGAUGCAAGAUUUGGGGAGUUUAUGGAGGAGAGAUUUAGGGUUUGGGAGGUAGAGUACUAUAGAUUUGUGUACAAUUAUGAUAUUGUGCCAAGGCUACCAUUCGACACCAAUGCCCUUAUGUUUAAGCACUUUGGGAGAUGCAUCUACAUCAAUAGCCUUUAUGAGGCAAAGAUUGUGGAAGAAGAACCACUAAAGAACUACUUCGACCUUGGGUCAAUGGUUUCAAAGAGAGUAGAUGCAAUGUGGGAGGUGGUAAGAAGCUUUCUCCUACCUCGCAUGUUCGGACCAGAUUACAAGGAAGGGUUUGUGUUGUUAAUGUUUCGAAUGUUCAGCCUCUUAUUCCCCGGUCUACCUGAUCAAGAUUACAUCAACGCUACUCGAUUGGCAACUUAUUGA